UGCAUUUGGAAGACUGCAUAUUUCUCAUCCGUGAUAGGCCUCCCAAGGUCGUUGUUCAUCUCCUCUAUUACCGAAGGUGUGAUAUUACAUAAAAUAUCUUCGAAAUUAGCAGCACCAUUGGAAGUAAAUAAGGUGGAAAAAUAGGAUACCACCACAUCUUCCAUUUCCUUACGGUCUUCAUGCCAUACCCAACCAUCAUCCAUAAGACUAUGCAGCCAAUUCCUCUUUUGUCUUCUAUUUGAAUUUUGGUGGAAAUAUUUGGUGUUGCAAUUGCCAAGUUUGACCCAAUUUUCUUUUGCUCUGUCUCCAAAAUAGCUCCUCUUGCUCAAGAAAAUUAUUUAGUCUUCCAAUUAGCUCCUUCUUUUGCUCAAUCGAUCUUCGAUAAACGGUUGAUCCAAAAUAGUUGUAAGUUUAUCCUUGACUUCCCUAAUUGCCCACGGCCCAGUCCUGGCAAGUAAUUCGCUUGUAUUAAAACAACUAUAAAUAAUAGUUCAGUAAAGACUAUGAUAAAAACCAAGUUAGGCUAAGCCACACAAUUGAAUGCAUAAUAAUGUGGAUCAAACUCGCUAUCUAUGAAUCGAAUUUCUCUUUAAACCCUUACAACCUCUCUCUACCUUCAAUUUUGCAGAACCUAUCCAUGUAGCACUGCCUCAUGCCCAAUAUCUGCAUUUACAGGCAAGGCAACCCCAAAUUAUUUCAGAAAUCAAACCCACAACAGAACUUCAAAAGGUCCUCCUUGAAAAUUUUGAAUUCUUACAACUUAAUGUCAUUUUGAGAGCUGGAAGAUCUACGGUUCUAUGGGUUUAAAAUUUCUUCGAAUUUUUAGCUCUUUAAAAAUAGAGAUUUCUGCUAUUUUUAAUUUUCCUUCUUUUUUUUUAAAUUUUUCUAUCAAUUGCUUCAAUGAAUUUUUAUUUGAUCUUUUUCCUAAAGUUUCGCAUAUUGUGAAAGACGUCAAGGAAGCGCAUAUUGUGAAAGCCGGCCACAUUAUUAUAAUUUCCUUGACUUCAGGUCAGCGUGGAAUGCAAGGAAGCUGCUUUGCAUAUUGUGAAGUCGAGAAAAGAGGCCUUGUCGUAAGUUCAUAACACACGAGGUGGAUCAGUCUUUGACAUUUAAUCUCUCAGCAUCUCAUCCUUUUUAGUAAUUGAACGAUCAUGGAUUCAACGACCAGUGAAGGAGCCUCUUCCUCUUCCUCUUCGUCUACUUCUUACACCCAUUCAUGGACAUAUGAUGUCUUCCUCAGUUUUAGAGGAGAGGAUACCCGCUACAAUUUUGUAGGUCAUCUGUUCAACAAUUUGGUUCAGAAGGGAAUCAAAACCUUCAUGGACGAUGAGGCGCUUAAAAGAGGAGAGGAAAUAUCGUUGGGGCUUCUCAAAGCAAUUGAGGAUUCGAGGAUUUCUGUUGUUGUCUUCUCUGAAAACUACGCUUCCUCGCAGUGGUGCUUAGAUGAACUCGUUCACAUCUUUCACUGUAAAGAACAACUGCAGCAGAUGGUUUUUCCAGUUUUUUACAAGUUGGAUCCAUCGGAUGUGAGGAACCAAAGAGAGAGUUUCGGUAAGGCACUUGCUGACCAUGAAAGCAAACUCAAAGAUAACAUGGACAAGGUGUUGAGAUGGAGAGAAACUCUUACAAAAGCAGCAAAUUUGUCUGGCUGGUCAUUCCUGGCCGACGGGCAUGAAUAUAAAUUUAUUCAAAAAAUUGUUGAAGAGAUUUCGGUCCAGGUUUUAGAGAGUACCCAUUUGAAUGUGGCAAAGUACCCAGUUGGAAUAGAGUCACGUGUCAAACAAUCCAGUUCGGUUUUUUUGGAUCCUCCUGUCCUCGAUCGCAAGCAAUUAGCCCUCCAACGCCGUCAAGGACAAACCGAAGAUCAAAAGCGCCACCAGCACCAUUUCCUCUCCAGUCUCUCCCCCUCAAACCGUUCCUCUGACGCCGCACCGCCCGCAACCACCGCCAAUUCUGAUCAAGACCGAGAUCGAGAUCGCAGUCCUUCAAUGGCACAAGAUUGCAGGCAGCUGGAAACUCAGAUGAGGAGGAAGGUGUGGUUGCAGAACGGGAAGAAGAAGAAUCUGAUAGUUUUGGGAUUCACCGCUUUGUUUCUCAUCAUCGUACUAUUUAUAGUAGUGGUGAGAAGUAGAUACGCGCCCGCUUAGGCUAUGGAGGUCGCCAAAAAAUAACAAUA